GGCUCCCCAGGGAACGGGCACGGCCCCAGGCUGCCAGAGCCCCAGGAACAUUUGAACAACGCCCUCAGGGAUGCCCAGGCUGGGAUUGUUGGGGUGUCUGUGCAGGGUUGCACUGGAGGAUGCUUGUGGAUCCCUUCCAAGGGAAGCCCCCGGAAGCUGCGCUGCGGGAACGCCGGGAUAAGAUCGGUCGCAACCUGAAGGAGUGGCUGCGGGAGCAGUUCUGCGACCACCCGCUGGAGCGCUGCGAAGACACCCGGCUGCACGACGCGGCCUUCGUGGGGGACCUGCCCACGCUGCGCAGCCUGCUGCAGGACGAGAGCUUCCAGAGCCGGAUCAACGAGAAGUCGGUGUGGUGCUGCGGCUGGCUGCCCUGCACGCCCCUGCGCAUCGCGGCCACCGCCGGCCACGGCCCCUGCGUCGACUUCCUGCUGCGCAAGGGGGCCGAGAUCGACCUGGUGGACGUCAAGGGGCAGACGGCUCUCUACGUGGCCGUGGUCAACGGGCACCUGGAGUGUGCCAAGAUCCUGCUGAAGGCUGGCGCUGAUCCCAACGGCAGCCGGCACCACCGCAGCACCCCGGUGUACCACGCGGCGCGGGUGGGGCGCGCCGACAUCCUGCAGGAGCUCAUCAGGUACGGCGCGGACGUGGAUGUGAACCACCAGCCGGCAUCCCGCGGGCCGGGGCAGGCGCUGCGGCCGCUGACCACGCUGGUGGUGUGUCCCCUCUACAUCAGCGCUGCCUACCACCACUUGCCCUGCUUCCGCCUGCUGCUCCAGGCGGGAGCCAACCCGGAUUUUAACUGCUGCGGGCCCAUCAACGUGCAGGGCUUCUCGCGGGGCUCGCCCGUGUGCGUGCUGGACGCUGUGCUGCGCCACGGCUGCGAGCCGGCCUUCGUCCGCCUCCUCAUUGACUUUGGAGCGGAUCUCAACCUCGUCAAGGUGGAGGCCUUGGGAGGCGAGGCCACGGGGAGGGUCAAGGUGAACGCCGAGGCGCUGGAGGUGUUCAAAGAAGCGAGGGGCCGCACCCGGAGCCUCUUGUCUCUGUGCCGCAUAGCUGUGCGGAGAAUCCUUGGCAAAUCCCGCCUGGAUCUGAUCCACAGCCUUCCCAUCCCAGACCCCAUUAAACAAUUUUUACUCCAUGAACACAGUUAAAGGGCGACUGGCUGCUUUUGGGGACAGUUUGACUUGGUAAAUGAGUGCCCUGACAGAGCCAGGUGUCAAUCCUGCCCCUUUUUCCCUCAUGGAGUGCACAUAAUUCCCUGCUCCCGUGGAUUUUUUUUCUCCUCCAGAUUUAGGGUGCAGUGAUUCAGUGUCUUAUCUCCUUGGGGAGAGGCUGCUAAGCGUGUGUGGGUGUUGCUGGAGCAAAUACAAUAUAUCCUGUAGCUGUUGGCAAAUGUGUAACCUCUGUUACUGGUCUGUGUCACACUCACACACCUGGGGUCUCUGUGGCAUUUCUGUGUGGGCAAAGUGUCCCUACUUUACUAUUUUUCCCACCACAGCACAUAAAACCAGGAGUUCCUACCUGCAUUUUACUCUAUAUCCCAUGGUAAGACGAGAGGAAACCCACCCAGAUCCACGUAAUGGGUCUGUAUUGUUUGCAUCAUGGAAAAGGGAGAAAAAAGGGUUUUUUUGAGGAGUUGGGCGAUUUUGUGCUUCUAAUCACAGCGUUGCAUCCAGCAGCCUGGGCUCCUUUGACUUCCAGUGCCUCUUCAUGCCACAAACUCCCAGGGUGUGAUUCUGCAGGGAGUUAGCAGCCUUUUGUCGGGAUCUCGGGGUCAGCCACUGAUGUGCUCCGUGCAGAGGAAUCGUUGUCAAAACAGCAACUUUAGAAGGAUAGAGACGGUGGCGCCUCAGGAUCUUGGGAGAAAUCUCAGGUGAUAACUGGUACUUGCUUUAACUUUUCCGAUUCAAGUAAAGUCACUGUGUUAUAAGUUUAUUUUUUUUUUGGAUGAUUUUUCUUUGCUAGCUCUUCUUCCCGUGCUCAUCCAGCUGGCAAAGGUGAUUUUCCACACGUGACCUUAAAGACCAGAGAAUCCCAGCUUGGUUUGGGUUGGAAGGGACCUUAAAACUCACCUAGGUGCAAGCCCCUGCCAUGGGCAGGGACACCUUCCACUAUCCCAGGUUGCUCCAAGCCCUGCCCCUGGACCCUAUGGGGUAAACCUCAAUGUUGGUUCCAAAAUGUUCUUCUCCCAGAGGCAUAAAUAAAUGCAAAAGCCAACCAAAGCAGAGGAUAUUUCCAGACCUUCUCCAGGUGAGGUGCAGUGGACGUGGAGCUGUGGGCAGGUGAGGAGGGGCAGUUCUGCACUGUUCCCUUCCCAGGCCUGCAGCUGGUUUUGGUUUUCCUGGCGCUGGCAGUGAGUUGUGCACUGGCUUUAUAGAGGUGUGAACAUGCCUGGGAGAUGCAAACAGGUUGUAAAGCCUCUUGGCACCUUGCUGGGGGAUCCAUAAUGGUUUGCAGGAGCUCACUGUGCUCCUGAGCUCCAGUAUGGGGGAGGCAGAAAAUGAGAUGGGCUGUCUUGAGAAAGUGCCACGGGAACAGCUUUUGGGGUUGGUUUUUCCCUGAGGAUUUUUAGUUGGUUUGUAAAUGGGACCCCCCCCCCAGUUGGGGUGGAGGUGGUAGGAUGGAUGUGAGGAAAGCUGGAAGGACCCACAAGGACCAUCCAGUCGAGCUCCUGGCCCUGCACAGACACCUCAACAAUCCCACCCUGUGCACCCCUGAGGGCAUUGUCCAAAUGCCCCUGGAGCUCGGGCAGCCUUGGGGCUGGGACCAGUCCCUGUUCCUGUGCUCAGCCCCCCCUCUGGAUAGUGGUUCCACCUGGAAUGAGCUGCAGUGAAUGAGCUGAUAUUCCUCAGUGAGAAUAUCAGAGGGUGGCCAAAGAAAUGGAGAGAAUGGACUCAACUCAGUGCUUGAUGUAAGCUUGGUCUGUAAUUAAAGCUGAGCCUGUUACAAUGUUAAUUAGAGAUCCCAUCCAAAGGAUUCCCCUGAGCAUGGAUCUCUCCAGGUCUAAGGAUGGUUCUCCCAGCCCAGCAGAAAACCAGCCUAAACCAGGCUCAUCAGUGACUUGGAGAUGUGCAGAAUCAAGGCUUUGGAGUGCCUGGAUCAUCCAUCCAACUCCUGUCUUCACUGAGGGACUUUGCCUCUGGAAAUGGCCAAACCUUUGGCUUGAGGGCCUGGAAUGAGUCCAACCUGGGGACAACUCACAUGAAAUUAAGCUGUAAGUGCCCAGGAUUCUGUUGGAAUGAAGUCCCUGUGGAGAUUGGUUGCUGAGGCUACUUAAACCCGGCUUUGCCGAGGUGGUUUAAUACUCAGAGAGUUUGAAAUUUUCACUGCAGAGAGAUAAUAAUCUUGAAAUAGAUUCAGGAUACUCAGAGACUUCAUUGUCCUGUCCUAUUGGGCAAAACCCUGCGUCCUCUGCCUUAUCCUGUCCUUUUAAACCCAGGAAACAAUAGUCUUCCAGUAUGAAAUCUCAAUAAUUCAUGCAUUUCUAUCCUUCCACACUAUAUAAACAGCAUUUCUUUUUGCCUUGGCUUGGACUUCACCAUUCCCUCCUAUGCAGCAAAGCUAUCCAAACUCCAAACAGGUGUUUUUUCCCAUGUUGUCCAUGGGGCAUGCUCAGAUAAUGAGUGUAAAAAUUGAGCUGUGGGUGGGAAAUUAAACAUUCCUGCAGUGUACAUCCCAUCCAUUGAAAAAUGCUCAUUGUAUUUGUGCAGUAUUUAUAAAGUGUGUGCGGCCUGGCGUGGCCUUGCUGGAAGCUUGAGUGGGACAGGAUAAGAAGAUUGGAAAAUGCUUGAAGAACCGAACCAGGUCUGGAAUCAGCCAAGCUGCUCCAAAGCUGUCCUUUCACAUUGGCUUUCUUGUCUUUGUUGCUAGGGCAGGAUUUCCAGGGCACGGGAUGCUGGUAGCUGGGAUGCAAAUAUCAUUUCCUGCUCAUUUUGCAAAGGGUGGGGGAAAGGCAUCUGUUGGGUUGAAGUGGUUUUUUUAGUUGGUUUUGAAGGUUGGUUUGUUUGUUUGUUUCUUGUUUCUCAAUCCCCGAAGUCAAGUAAAGCCCUUUUUACCCCAACUUGAGUUACAGUACCUUUUUAGCCUACUUCAUCUUCCAGUGAAGAAAACUGUGGCAGGACUCAACAGAGGGGACAAAAUGCCACUUCCAGAAGUGCCUGUUGGCUUUUCCCAGGCUCGAAAUGGUUUGGGACAGCAGCAGGAUCAGACCUGAGGGCAAGUGGGAGGUACUUGUGGUGAGCCUGGAUCCACCUGCAGCCCAAUAAAGAGCGGGAUGGCUCUGGAUCUGGGAAAGCUGGGUCCUGCCGGCCUCUCCCUGUUCUGUAGCCACUGGAGGGGGCCGGAGAACCGCGGUCCCUGCCUGAGGGUUACAGGGACAGCGCCGCUGCCGCCUUCUGCCAUGCCCUUCCUGGGCGAUGUUCAGGGCAUCCUGAAUUUUUUCCACCUUCACACCGGGCUGAAGAGGGCUCUUUAAACCUGUAAUUUCUGCUCCUGCUCCCUUGGUUGCUCUGGAAAUGCAGCUCCUCAGUUUGUCUUGGCAUGCAAGUAGAUGUAAUUCCUCAAAAUAUUUUGAUUCUUAUAACUUAGCUUUUUUAUUUUGUGGCGUUUUCGCUGGAGAACUCCCUACGAGCUUGAGCAGCAAGAGUUUCUGCUGGUUGCUCUGUUUUUCCUGAGGAUUAGCAUGUGUACCUGAGGAUUUAGUCCAUGCAGCUGCCUCCAGGCAAGGGCACGGUCCCUUUUUUAGGAUUCCUGCUUUUUUCACUCGGGAGAUGUUUGUCUGAUCUGGUGCCAGUGUUUCCUCUGAAGGCAAAACCAGAGUUUUUCCUGAACUGGAAGAAAAUUAUUAAAUGGUCUGGAAUUAUGAUGAUGAAAAACAAAGCCAAACAAGCCCUAAUCUUAAAUUUUAACACUUCCAGGCUCGAUAUUCUUCUAAUUUGGAGUGUCUCCCUCCUGCCUCUUCAUGCAUCUCUCCCCAGGCCACCCCAAAUUGGUACCCACAAGUCAGUGACACCAUUUCUGUGCUGCAGCUUGGAACUGGAGAUUUAUCCUCAAACAGGAGAGAUCUGUGUAUCUGAGCUGCCAGUUUGGGAACAAGAAAUGUGGAAUUGCUUUAAGGAAUUGCAUGUUAUUUACCUGUGCCCUCCAGGACAGACAAGCUGGGAUUUCUGCUCCCCUCUGACUGAAUUUCCUGCGUGACAGACUCACCUGAGAGCCUGUCCUUGCUUUUAUAACAGCAUUGCAACAUGUUCCUUAUUACUCACGCUCGUUAAUCUCAUUCUAAGAUCUGCAGCAGCGAGGAAAAUAUUUCUUAUUGCACUGUGUGAUGCCCAGAUAUUCACCCUGGGCUAUGAGAGCUGACCAAAUCUCUGGAGUCUCAAAGCAUUUCCUCUAGGAUCUGUUGUUCCCACUCCCCAGGCGCUGCUGGGGAAGCCCCAGGUUAUUUAACUUUUUAUUGUUGUUGUUGUUCUUCAUCAGCUCCUCCAGCCUUGUCUUCCUUCCCAGAAGAGCUCUUUGUGAUCCCUACAGCUUGCAGCUGUGAAGAAAAAGAAAGAAAAGGGUUGUGAAAGAAAAAAGAAGGAAAAGGUUCUUGUUGGCCCAUCCCUGGAAGUGUUCCAGACCAGGUUGGACAGGGCUUGGAGCAGCCUGGGACAGUGGAAGUUGUCCCUGCUCAUGGCUGGCGAUGGAAUGGGAUGGCCUUUAAGGUCCCUUCCCACCCAAACUUUCUGGGAUUUCAUGGAGAGGGCAGUGGCUGCCCCAGCCCUGCACAGUGACAGGAGGCUGCAGCCCUCACAGAGCUCAUCCCCCCACCUGCAUUCAGCACCUUUCCCAUUUUUCCCUUUGCAUCCUGCAUGUCUCCCCCCCCCCAGCCCACAUGUGCUGCUCUGUUUUCCACCUCUUUUCACUUGUUUUGCUGGUUCCCAUUGUUGGUGCCUGGGAGAGGGCUGCAGUGUGCUGUUGUUUACAGGAAAGUGCUCUUUGUUUCCCCAGCCUGGAGCAUCUGGUGUUUGUGAGAGGCACGGCACAGCUUUCCAACAGAAACUCAGCCAGCCCCAGCGUGCCUGGCCAGGAGUCCACGUGUGCCACCACGGCCUUGCUCCUAAAAAGGGUCUAAAAAGUCCCAAGUGAGACAAGGCAGGCUGAACAGGGCUUGGAGCAGCCCCGUGGAAGGUGUCCCUGCUCAUGGCAGGGUGUGGAACAGGACGGGUUUUAGGAUCUUUUCCAACCCGAAGUGCUCUGUGAUUCCACAAUCCAGCACAGAGAGAUAAAUGAAGGCAGGAUGGGUAGGAUGGAGCAGGAGAGCUUUGUUGAUUUAUGGCUCCAGCCAUCCCCCCCAAGGCAUCAGGAUGAUGGACGACCCGUGCACGCUCCCCUCCCCGUGGCACAGGCUGUCCAUGAGCUUUCCAAACAUACCAGGGUGAGGUGAUGCUUGCAGACACGGCAUUCCCGCUGAUGGCGCCUUUCCACAAUCAGCUGAAAGCUGCUCAGGGAAUUUGGGAAGCUGGGCUCCAGCCAUGAUCUGCUUGGCCAACCCUGCACUUGCCUUUAAUUUUAAUAAUUUGGCGACAUCCAUUUAUUUUAACGUUUCGCAAAGCGGGGCCUGCAUUUCCUCAGAGAAAAUGAGAGUUGAAGGAUGGUAAAAUGCCUCCAUAAAUUGGAAGUUAAAUUAAGAAACAGCUUUUAGAGCACUGAGUGCUGUUAGCUCCACAUUGUGGUGUCACUCACGGCAAUGUGAGCCUGUGGUACCCAUUGGAGGAGGCACGGGAGAUUUAGGAGGCACAUGGAGUGGGCUAGAUUGUUUAGUGAGUGUUUCUGAGCCCUCUUUUGUUUGCAGUUGGAAUGUAUUCAUGGGUUCACCCCUUGUUUCACUUCCCACAAGAUGCAGUUUUUGCAAAAAAAUUUCUUUUUUGGGGGAUAAUUUUAGCUAUUGAGCAUUUUAUAUCAGUGCGGGAGCAGCUUCUGGAAGUUUUAUCCUUUCGAUCUUAUCUUUUACACAAGAAGUGUUUACAGGGACCUGGAGUGCCAGGACAGGGGGGAAUGGUGUCCCACUGCCAGAGGGCAGGGAUAGAUGGAAUAUUGGGAAGGAAUUCUUCCCUGUGAGGCUGGGGAGGCCCUGAGCUUGCUCAGAGAAGCUGUAGCUGCCCCUGGAUCCCUGAAGUCUCCAAGGGCAGGCUGGACAGGGCUUGGAGCACCCUGGGAUAGUGGAAGGUGCCCGUGGCACCUGGACAUUCACCUUCAGGUCCAUCUUACUGAGCUGGAAAGGAAUUUGGCUUUGUAAUAAAUAAGACCAGUGUCUGAAGGUGUUCAAGGCUUUACCUUCAUCAAAGCAACCAAUAAAUCCUAUGAAUACCAUUAGGCAAGCAGAAAUUCCCAGUUGUCCUAAGUUCCAUUUAGUAUCAGGUCCUUUAGUUACCAACCUCCAUCAGUGCAAGCUUUCUCCAAGCUGAAGCAUUACGGAAUCCCAGGGGGAUUUGGGCUGGAAGGGACCUUUGAGCCCAUCUCACCCCACCCCUUGCCAUGGGCCAUCACUCCAACCGAGCAGGGGGCCAGCUGUGAGAUCUGACAACUGAGAGCUAUUUUUAACCCAGCAGCCCGAGACAGUGUCUGGUCCCUCUUGCUGGGAGUUGUUCUUGCUGGGUGUUCAGCAAACUUUGGGCUGGAUCCAUCAACUUUCAGCUCAGUGAUAACCCGGGAUAUUUCAUGCAUCGUGGACCGUGAAGGAUGCAGAGAUGUCAGCAGAAGCCGUUGUGCCAACGCAAACAAGGCCAGGAAGUUUUACUGUUCCCAUUGCUGGGAACCUUGUUCCUCUUCCCUCUGUGGAUGUGUCUGUGCAUCAAGAGAGGCCAAAAGGUGCAGGUAAACAUAAAUCCCGUAUUUCUGUGCUAUCCAAAGACAAAAAAAAAAGGG